AUGGCCACCGCCCAAGCUCAAGCCUCCACUCGACCAAGAGAAAAUGUCGACAUCAUGUUCGACUACGAGCUCCCCAACGCGCCGGGCAAGUCUCUCAUCGGCCUGAAGGUGGUCCUCCCGCCCAACGGCUGGACCCCGCCGCAUCGCCAUGGAGGCGCCCACAUCGUGGCCAUCAUUCAGGAAGGCGAGAUGCUGAGCGGCAUGAACGGCAAUCCGGCGCAGGUAUACAAGCCUGGGGAGACGUUCAGAGAAUUGCCCGGGUGCCACCAUACCGUCGCAGAUAAUAAUAGCAAGGAUGAGGUUUGCAAGUUCAUCGUUAUUAUUGUGAUCGAUACAGAGGUUGUGAAGAAGGGUGGAUAUGCGGCGCUGACUGUACUUGACGAGGGCUGGUGA